AUGGCCAUAGGCAUGGAGGUGGAUGAUCUCCUGAACCCAGCGGCCAAGGUGUUCGCCACCAUAAAGGAUAUUGAGGUCGGGAAGACGAUGCCCAUCUAUUUCCCCUACAUAGACGACCCAACCUUUUAUCAGUUCCUCCCUAAACAGAAAACCCAUCACAUUCCUUUAUCAUCAGAACAGCUACCGGAGUUGCUCUGGUUCUUCUCCUUCUCCCCUGAUUCUAACCAAGCCUUGGCAAUGAAACAAACACUGAAGAUCUGUGAGAUGGAAGCCCCCAAAGGAGAGGUACAGGGCUGUGUUACAUCUUUAGAAUCACUGGUUGAUUUUGCAGAAAGUAUCUUCGGACUAGACUCGAAAGUCGGAGUAGUAAGAUCAUCUCUGAUAUCAAAAUCAACUCCUCUUCUCCAGAACUAUAUUGUUGUUGAAUCCAAAGUGAUUUCAACUGGAAAGCUUAUAGUAUGCCAGUAUCCCACAUCGGUGGGUGUUGGAGAAUAA